GCUUGUUGGUAAUAUAACAAAAAAAAAAAAGAGGAGUGCUCUAGCAAAUCUUCCUGUUACAAUCCAGAAUAAAUGGCUACAGGAGUGAUGGAGGUGACACUUGUGAAAGCCCGAGGCCUUAAAAACACCGACUUCAUCUUGGGUGGUAAGAUCGACCCGUAUGUUGUGAUUCGAUACAAAGAUGAGGAGCAGAGGAGCACUGUGGCCAAAGGGAAGGGAAGUGAACCAGUUUGGAACGAAAAAUUUGCAUUCAGCGUGGACUAUCCCGGUUCAGAUGAUGAGCACAAGCUCCUUCUCCAUAUCAUGGACAAGGACACUUUCUCUGCUGAUGAUUUCCUCGGCCGCUCCACAAUUUACUUGAACGACAUCUUUGAGUUGGGAGUGGAAAAUGGGACUGCUGUAGUGGAGCCUACUAUCUACAGUGUCGUGGAUAGCAACCAAAGGUACAGUGGGGAGAUUCAAGUUGGCAUCACCUUCACACCAAAGGUUCAGGCGGAAGAAGUUGAAGACUUUGGAGGAUGGAAGGAGAGUAACCCUGAUUAUUUUCCCUGAUUGCACAAAGCAAUGGUUCUUUGUUUGAUCCGUUGGUUUAAGGGGAAAGUUCGGUUAAACUUUAUUGUUCUCUUUAAUAUUUCAGACUUUUGUCGUUCAAGUGAAUUUCCUGAAAAUUAUGUAAACGUUCUUCCGUGAAAGAUUGCGUUUCGACUUUUGUACUUUUAAGUGAUUUUUCGUGAAAAUUAUGGUUUCCUUGUGCGAAAUAAUUAAUCAUUUUCAUGUUUUUUUUUUUGACGGAAUCAUUUCGAUGUAUGUGUUGUGUUUUGCUAUAUAAAAUCAUAUAUUUUCGACG